CGGAAUUAGUAUACGUCACAUAUCAAGUUACUACCCUUCUUCUCUGCGUAUCUAGAGGGUAGUACCGUCUAUUCGGCAUUCGGUUGACAUUUACUCAUGUCAUAGACUUUCGAACGGCAAAAGUAAUCAUAUAUCAGCUCUAACUUCUCGGAUGUUGCAAACUCUCCUCAUCCAAAGAUCUCACUUUGUACGGAAUUUCUUAGGAGAAUGUGCAUCGGUUUUUAUAAUGGCUGGUGGAAACUGUUUUGUACCAUUCAGAAUAAUCAUACAGUCAUGAUUAUGUUAGCUUAAUGUCGUGAAAAGUGAUAAUUUCUUCUCCAAAAUUAGAUGCAGGCCCCUUCAUAGACUAUCUCAAAAUACUUGUGUCAGCACAUGGGCACAAACAGGAAAAAAUAUAUAUUUCUGGUUUCUUGGUCAAACGACUUUAACACGAAAGAAAGCUAGAUUAGAGAAACCGCAUUAAAACUAUUUCUUUUACUGCGAAAGGUUCAGAUCUACUGAAGAUACAGCUUGAAUAAAACAAAACCGUUCAAAUCAGGCACGCGUGCAGAAACAUCAAUGUCAUGGUGAUUUGGGCACAUCGCAACUUUCACAAUUACUUUUGGGACAUUGCAAGGGUUGGCGGAUUGCUGUCUGUGUUUCCAUCGUUAACCAUGGCCGUUUGUUCCGAUUAUAUAACUUUAUUGCCAAGGAAUAGCACAUCCCAAAGCAUGCAAUCGAGUUUAAGUCUUCAAUCAGCACUCAUCAUUCUCGUGUGCUUUGGGACCUUUGCAAUCGUUCUUGCGUAUAUCUUCAAUGUCAUCAGGAAGUUCGUAUACAGAGACAAAGCAAUGCUAGAUGUUAGUUUCGAUGCCGGAGGACGAGUAUCUGUUGGUUUAACUGCAACUACUAUCGUAUCUCAAUGGACCUGGGCCGCUACCCUUCUCCAGUCAUCAACUGUAGCGGCAAAUAAUGGUAUCAGUGGUCCUUUCUGGUAUGCAGCAGGGGCAACCAUCCCUCUGCUGAUGUUCGCAGCUCUCUCAGUACAGAUGAAGAUCAGGGCACCCGGUGCAAAGACAUUUCUGCAGGUCAUCCAGGCCCGCUUUGGAAAUCGGACACACUUGGUAUUUUGUGCCUUUGCCAUCAUGACCAAUAUCAUCGUUACCGCAAUGCUGAUGAUGGGAGGUUGUGCAGUUCUGACAUCACUUGUGGAUGGUCUAUCAUUGGAAAUGGCAGCCAUGUGUUUGACGGCGAUCAUCUGGGCGAGUACGGGCAUCGGUGGGCUUGGAGCCACAUUCUAUCUCUCUUAUUUCAACACCACCGUUAUAUUCAUCAUCAUGACCAUCUUCGUACUCAUAACGUAUAACAACGUCGGAAGUCAGAACACGAUACUUGGUACUGUUGAUACGAUGUAUAAUUACCUGAACUGCACAUUGGGUCCUGAACAGAACCAGGACCGGAGUUACCUCACCUUUCUAUCUCCCAGUGGGAUCAUGUUCGGUGUCAUUAACAUCGUUGGUAACUUUGGAACUGUGUUCGUAGAUCAGUCCUACUGGCAGAGUUCAGUAGCAGCUAAACCAAGAGAAGGCAUGUGGGGAUUCCUGAUUGGUGGUUUAGUCUGGUUUGCCAUUCCUUUCACCUUUGCAUCUACCAUGGGUCUUGCUUACCUGGCACUUAGCGCCAAUGCUGGUAUGCAUCUUCUCUCACCGGAACAGAUUGCUCAAGGCCUAGUCCCUCCAAAAAUAGCACAGGAAUUGAUGGGCCAGAGUGGGGAGGUUUUGAUGGUCCUUAUGAUUCUCAUGGCUGUGACGUCAACGGGGUCGGCGGAGGUCAUGGCUAUCACGUCUAUCUUAGUUUACGACUGCUAUCAGAUUCACUUGAAGCCUUUCAGACGUGUUGCCGAUAGCAAUGGCUGCGUCCUCUGUGGCAAAUCACGUGGUCGGAUGGCGUCGUUGAGAGACCAGUGCAACUGUCAGAGUAUGGUUGACUGUGAGUGGUGUCACGCUGAUGAUGAAGCAAGAAUGGAACAAACAAAGCGUGCCCUUAAGCCUGCUUUCAAGUGCACUGUGCAUGGUACAUAUCGCACUUAUCUGGAGCUCCUUCAGAGCAAAAGAGAUUGGAGUCUCGUCUGGGUUUCUCUAUCCUUCGUACCUCUUACACUUAUCUUCAAUUUUUUACAGGUGAAUCUCAACGCUGUGUACAAUUUUAUGGGGAUCUUGAUAGGCUCAUCAGUAACUCCUAUCAUUCUGAGCAUGUUUUGGACGAGGCUGACUGGCAUGGCUAUGAUAAUGGGUGCCACCAUCGGCAUGGCGUGCGGGUUGAUCACGUGGAUCAUUGCCGGCUCCAUUCUGAAUGGAAAUUUAAACUUCAAAGUCUUCUUCGAUAGUUCAUGGGAAAGCUUCGAUGAGAACAUGUUAAUUGGUAACUGCGGAUCCAUUCUGUCGGGAGCUCUAAUUACUUUAGUCGUCAGUUUCUUAACCAACCGUGGUGUCACAGAAGAGGAAAAACAUGAGAUAUGGGAGAAAACAAGAGAUAUUGACAAUCCGCUUUCACCUUGGCCACAACUCUACGUCAAAGAAUUUGGGGUUCCAGAAGGAAAGCUAGUCUACAACCGUCCUUCGCUACUGCAGAUGCUUAGUGAGUUCCGACGAGCAAACCUCAUUGCAAUUGUAUCUGGAGUGAGCGCAACAAUCAUUCUCGCAGUCAUCUGGCCAGUCAUCAUGAGCUCCAUGGGAGUCCUCGGCAUGAACGAGUUCAGAUCCUGGAUAUAUCUUUCCGAGACUUGGGCAUUUAUCGCUGGUGUGUUUAUCAUCUUCGUCCCCAUUGUCACGGAGGUACGAGACAUUGCAUUGCGUUUGAAAGAGAAUAAGGCCAGGAUGGCGGUUGGUCCUGUCGAAGAAACCACCCAACCAGCAGAAAGAACUGCUCAGCCUUUACAACAUCAACAUGAUGCUUGCCAGGUACCGACUGUCAGUGGACAAACUUUAUAACGGAAUUAUGAAUUCUCUUUUUUUUGUAAGGAUUGCCUAUAUCUGUAUAAGUAUAGUCACACGGUCC